AUGGUUGAUGAAGCUCGUGAUGAGUUCAUGAAAGAGCAAAUGGCUGUGGUUUUUAGAUAUGUUGAUGCUGAAGGCUUUUGCAAUGAGCAAUUGAAAGUUGCCAAUGCUAAUGAAAUAGCACGUUUGAUUGAUCUUGAAGAGCUUGAGACUAGAAAUGGACUUAAUCAAAUUGGCACUUUACAACGACCUGUAGAAAUACGUUGGAGUUUACAUUUUAGAUCAGUUUCUAGCUUAUUAAGGAUGUUUACUUCAACUAUUGAAGUUUUACAAAAUAUAAUUGAUGAUGCAAUUGAUGGAGAACAUCGGGCAGAAGUAGAGUCGGCAUAUGAGGGUUUAAUUUCAUUUGAAUUUGUCUUCAUCUUGCAUCUUGAGAAGGAAACUAUGGAGAUCACUGAUAAACUUUGUCAAGCUUUGCAAAGCCAAUCUGAAGACAUUUUAAAUGCCAUGCAUUUAGUUUCAUCUACUAAAACACUUAUUCAAAAAUUUAGAGAUGAUGGGUGGGAUGACUUACUCACCACUGUGAUAUCAUUUUGUGAGAAGCAUUGCAUUGAUGUCCUGGAUAUGAAUGCUCGUUAUGUUGCGAGGCGAGGUCGAGCUUGUAAUCAACAAGAUAACGUUACAAUUGAACAUCAUUAUUGA